AUGCCGAUGCAGCUGUGGGACACGGCGGGCCAGGAGCGCUACCGGGCCAUCACGCGGAGCUACUACCGCAGGGCGCACGCGGCCAUCAUCGCCUACGACAUCACGCAGCGCUCCUCCUUCGAGUCUGUUCCGUACUUGGUUGAGGAGGUGAAGAAGUACGGAGACACCAACCUGGUCAUCAUGCUGAUGGGGACCAAGUCUGACCUGUGGGAGAAGCGGCAGGUGCUGUUCGAGGAAGCCUGCGCAAUGGCGGAGAAGCACGGCCUCCUGGCGGCGCUCGAGACCUCGGCCAAGGAGUCCAGGAACAUCAACGAGGUCUUCCAGUUCAUGGCCAAGGCGCUGAUCGCCCGCAACAGCCAGCCCGUGUGUGGCGACAGCGCCCCGAGCAGCCUCCCCCAGUCCACAACCAUCGUGCUGGCCCCCAGCCCCCAGGCUGCGAGCGACCAGAGCCAGUGCACCUGCUGA